CGGAUUCUCCAGUAUCAGAGUGAUGUCCUCGAGACAACCGUGUUGGUGAACCCGACAGAGGAGACCGCCGCCUCAGAGAUUCGCUCUCUGAUCACUGACUGCUCGGGGAAUAAGUUGCUGAUACUGAGCGGCCAGAGCUCUGAGCAGGGAGGCGACAUCCUACUGCAAGGUGGAGCCUUCACCUGGGAGCACUUCUCCGACAUCAUCUCAAACUCUCAAGUGAUUGAACUCCUGACCCGGGUCUCUUCAGAGCAGCCGUCCAGGCUCACUGUUUCCUGUCAGGGAGAAGGGGGCUGGAGCUCCCUCGGUCAAAGCCAGGAGCAACAGUCGCUCCAGAAUCUAAUUGAAUACCGCCUGAACCCCGAACCUCACCUCCCCAACAUGGACGGAGUCACAGAGUUCACCGAGUAUGUCUCGGAGACAGUGGAUGUGCCGUCGUCCUUUGACCUCCUCGAGCCGCCGACCUCUGGAGGUUUCCUGAAGCUGUCUAAACCCUGCUGCUACAUCUUCCCUGGAGGCAGAGGAGACUCAGCUCUGUUUGCUGUCAAUGGAUUCAACAUCCUGGUGGAUGGAGGGUCUGAUCGCAAGUCCUGCUUCUGGAAGCUGGUUCGCCACCUGGACAGGAUCGACUCGGUUCUGCUGACUCAUAUCGGUGCAGACAACCUGCCCGGCAUCAAUGGUUUGUUCCAGAGGAAGAUCGCAGAGCAAGAGGAGGAGCGCAACCAGGGAUCUGGAUCUAGCAGCAACGGGGACUGGAUGAAGAAUCUGAUCUCUCCUGAGCUCGGGAUUGUGUUUUUUAAUGUUCCAGAGAAGCUUCGGAUGCCAGAGUCCACGCUGAAAGUAAAGCGAAGCAUAGAGGAAGCAUCUCUUACGCUGCAGUACCUCAGCAAGCUUGGCAUCACACCGGAGCCUCUGCACAGGGUCGUCAGCAACACCAUUGAACCCAUCACACUUUUCCACAAACUUGGUGUGGGAAAGUUAGACAUGUACGUCUUAAACCCUGUAAAGGAGAGCAAAGAGAUGCAGUUUCUGAUGCAGAAAUGGGCUGGAAACAGCAAAGCCAAGACAGGGAUUAUGAUGGCAAAUGGAAAAGAGGGAGAAAUAUCUGUCCCCUAUUUGACAUCAGUCACCGCUCUCAUUGUUUGGAUUCCUCACCGUCCAACAGAAAAGAUAGUCAGGGUGCUUUUCCCUGGAAACGCACCGCAGAAUAAAAUCUUUGAGGGCCUUGAGAAACUGAAACACCUGGACUUUCUGCGAUACCCAGUGGCUACCCAAAAAGACAUAUCAUCUGGUGCACCUCCUCCCAUUAUCAAACAGACAAAAAUGAGAUCAAGGACUGACAGCAGAGAGAGCCUCAAGUCUUCACCCAAACCUCACGCUAAAAAGAAAGAAACUAGCGGGCAGGAGGAGGAGUCCAAGAGUGAAAUCACUAAAGAGAACAAAAUGGAAAAGAAAGAAGAGAAGAAAGCCAAAAGCGAAAGUCUAAAAGCCACCAAGCAACAGAAAAACAGCGAGGUGGCCCCAGCAGCAGCCAAGACAGAGAAAAAGAAAGUAUCAAAGGAAAAAACGGCCAAGCAAGAGAAGGUAUCCAAGAUGGAUGAAAAGAAAGACAAAGAGAAAAAAGAAAUUAAGAAAGAGAAGGUAAAGAAGGACGAAAACAUAAGAAAGGAAGAGAAGAAAGAAAGCAAAGCAAAAGAGGAUAAAAAGAAAGAUCAGAGUAAACCAGAGCUUAGAAAAAUCACCAAACCCGACCUGAAGCCGCUCACACCUGAAGUAAGGAAAACUCUGCACAAGGCGAAGACUCAGGCGAAGCCUAAGACAGACAAAAAUAAAGCAGUUAAAGAGGAAGCAAAUGAGAAAAAGCCAGUCCCAAAGAACAUCCCUGAGGAGAUCGCAGCAGCAGCUUUGGCUGACAGGUCCAUCGUGUCCUCCCCAGAGGACCUCACAGAGGACUUUGAGGCUCUGAAACAAGAAGAGCUGUCCAAAUUUAAGAGUGAGCCAAUCCAGAAUGAUGUGAUCUCUGAUACUAAGGGUCCUUCUUUAGUUUUCCCUGAUGAGAAAAUCACAUCCUCAACUGCUGAGAUAAAAUCCGCUUCACCAAAAUCCCCCGUCAAACAGGAAGAAGACAGCUUUACAUCAGUGCAAUCUGCAGCCGCUGUACAGAAGGAACCAAGCUUUGAGAAGAAGCAUGAGGAGGAGAAAAUGGAGAAACAUGACAAAUACCCAACAAAGGACGACAUAAAAGACCGAUCAAAGAAGAGUGACAGCUCAGAGGAGGAGGGCGAUGUUAUUGAAAAAGCCGAAUUUGAAGGAACAGAAGACGACGAGGUCCUGAAAUAUAAAACAGAGGAGGUGAAGAAGGAAAAAACUGGGAAGGAGUGGGACACCAAGCCAGCUGAGCAAAAACCAACCACAGCCCUGUCUGGGCAAGUAGCAGCUUCUGCCUCGGAGCAAUUCUCCUUCAUCCAAGACGAGACCAUCCCUGGUUACUCCGAGACCGAGCAGACUAUCUCUGACGAGGAGAUCCAUGAGGAACCGGAGGAUAGGAUCCCACAGCUGCGCUAUGAUGUGGGCUCCUAUGAUGUCUCCGUCCCGGAUGUCCCUGGUACCUUUGAUUCCAUGCACGGUAUAAAAGAGAUGAAGUCAUCCGCCAUGCCAGACGUCAAACCCAAAGAGCCUGAGCUUGCCCCGUAUCCUGCCAUCAUUGCUGCUCCUCUUGCAGAGGAGGAGCACAUCUCCUCAGCAACAUCCAUCACAGAAUAUGACAAGCUGUCGUCCUUUGCCACGUCUGUAGCCGAGGACCAGUCGAUAGCCUCUGUGACGGCACCUCAGACCGAGGAGGCUGGGAGGAACUCUCUCAUGCUCGACACCAUGAACAGUAUCCCCUCCCGCGCAGAGGCCGCCCACGGGAAGGACUACCUCCACUCAGCGGGAACCAUCUCACCCACCUCCUCUCUGGAGGACGACAAGUGCUUCAAGUCUCCUUCCUCUGAUGAGUUCCAGCCCCACAUCCCUGAGAUGGAAGCUGAUGCAAAGAUGAAAUCAGCCCAAGACGAAGAAGACGACGAGGAAGACGAAGAUGAGGACCAGACUCCGAACGUUGACAUUCCUCUGGGUAAACUCCAAGAAGGCUACGAACACGCAGCCUUUAUGAUGCAGCAGGAGAAACAGAAAUCCCCCUCUGCCACAUUUGCUCCUCCUCCUCUUUUCUCUACCACGCAGCUCUCUCCCACAAAGGAUGGCAAAGAAAUCCAGUUUAGCACAGAAGGACUCAAGACUGGAUCUGACAUAAAGCCUGUUUCACCCCCUCCAUCUUUCUCCCCCGGGUUAGACUUAGAGUCCCACUCCAGGCAGGAGAGUGAGGAAAGAUGUGCAAGUCCAGACGACAGCACAAUGAAACUGGCUUCACCCACACAGUCCGUGCCUACGAGCAGCGGCUACUCUCCAACUGAAGAGAAACCCUUUAAGACAGAAGACAAGGAUGAAGCAGCGAUCAAUGUUAAAGCCGAUUUCCAGAAAUCUGUCACGAUCUUAGACAGUACUGCUUACAUCGGGAUGGGAGGCGACAAGACUGCGUCUGAAGACUCUGAAGAAUCCGAUGAGGAGGUGGAGGAGGAUGACUAUUACGGCAAAAAGGAUCUACAGCCUACUGUUAAGGCCAAGCUAAUGGAGGCAAAAGAAGGAUGCUUCUUGGACGAUGACUUUGACGCAAAGUCUGAAAAGACAGAAACGAAAAUCAUGGACGAUGACUUCGCCACUGAGGCAAAAUCUGAAAAGACAGACACAGAAGUCAAGGGCUUGGACAAGAUACAGGUGUCCCUCAGCCCAGAGCAGAAGCCAAAACCUCAAGUGAUGUACUCAGAUGUAGACGACGAAGAUGAAAAGGAUGAUGACUUCCCAAGUGGGGUGAGGUCAACAGAUCAAAGUGAAGAUAAAACAGAUGCGUCUUUAAAAGAGCCUGAAAAAAGUGUUCAUUUCAGUCUCUAUAACUUUCCGGAGAAGGAGCCAAAAGAGAAGGCCAUCUACAUCAGGCAGGACACGCCAUACGUGCACGGCAAAACCUUCUCUUACAGCGACAUCUACGGCUCAGUUGACUCUGAUUCAUAUCAGCAGGAAUCCUUGGAUAAAGCUGAAAAGGACAGUCAUCAGGAGUCCUUGGAUAAUGUAGAGAAAGACAGUGCAAAAGAUGAGGAGGAUGCUAAAAAACCUGAGCCCCUGUCGUCUCUGGUAACGUCCGCAGAGAAGACGUCAGAGAAGGAGACCACCUCUUAUGGUAAAGACUCCUCCACCUCAUCGUGGCUCGACACCAAGAGCACAUCUGCCAUACCUCCAUCUGAAGACGUUAGAGGAAAGGAGACAUUCGAAUACAGCACAGGUAGCCGAUUCCCUUCAGUGGCUGAUAGACCCGAGGCCUCAUCCACUUCUUUAUCAUCAGACAAAGACUUGUCUUUUAAAAGUCCAACUGACACAAAGCCCCAGAUGUACCCUUCAGUGACAGAUGUAGGCAAACCUGCUGUCACAGGAUACACUGAGAAAGGAGCCUGUUUGGAGGUCGAUAUGCGAAAACUAACUGCGAGGGAUGAGGAGGACUACGAUGAUGAUGAAGUUGUCGAUGAUGACGACGAGGAUGAGGAGGAUGAAGAGGAGGAGGAGGAGGACGACGACGAAGGUGCUGUCGAUUCUGAUAUGGAGAAAGGUGCCAAAGAGAAGUCUGAGAAGGAAGUGAAAAGUCCAAUCACUGAAAUGUUUGGCUCAAACAGGCCUGAAUUUAUGGUUUCGAUGGCGGGAUACGGUUACAACAGCCAAGGAAAGCCGAGCAGCUCGAGCUCGGUCUCAAAGGACGAAGACAAAGCAAAGAUCGACUCCUUGUCCUUCAGUGCAAAGCCAAAGGAUUUAGGUGCUACAGGUUUCUCUAGCUACUCCUCGGGGUUUGAGUACUCGUAUGGAAGCGAUGAGAAAGACUCAUUUUUAUCAAGUCAGACCGCAGACAAAGGUAAAGAGGAUUUAACUGUGAAAUCAACAGAGCACAGUUAUUACCAGAAUGACAGAGCUGAUCCUGAUUUUGAGAAACAGAAGACACCAGACCUUCUGAGUAAGAGAUCGCUGGACACAAGCUUCCAGUACACGACCACCGCCGCGCCUGGGUACUCCUCCUCUUCGGCCUAUAGCUACUCCUCCUCCACCUCUGGCUCCCUCUCCACCAGCCGUCAGUUCGGAGAGGAGCUUGAGACGCCUGCCGAGCCUCUCUUUGAGUACUCCUCCUUUAAAGACGAACACUCACUGGGCAUGGAUCCCCCCUUCUCCUGCUCCACUGGUGCCAAAGACGACUAUUUAGAAGUGUCUGAAAAACAGAUCACAGCUACUACCACAGCUGAGUCCACCUCCAGUUUAGCUCGCUUUUCACCUCUUAGUCCGUUUGAGGAGGUCAAAUCCUUCCCUUCGCUUUCAUCCGCUGCUUCUGCUGAAGACAAGAAGGAGCCUUCAUCAGGUGGCGUUAUGGACAAAGGCCCUCAAUCUGAAUGUUUCUAUAAGCCUGAUUGGUCUGAAGGGUCCAAGCUGGACACGGCUGUUGGGUUUGGGGCCUCGGCAGGACCGUUCGCUCAAUCUUCAGAGUUCUCCAAGGACAAAGAGGCAGCCAGCGCUGCUCUGUUUGGCAUCACCUCCUCACCACGCCCUGACAUCGAAGGCAAGCAUUACUUUGAGGAAACGGACAGCAGCGAAGAGGAGGAUGAGGAGGCUUACAUGCGUGAGAUGACUCGACGGUCGCCUUCCAGCGGCCUGGCUGGUAGCCUAUCAUUUUCGGACAAGCCUGUAGCUCCAGCUGCCAGCGAAAAGCCAGCGGCUGUACUCCCAGAUGUUCUCAGCUCUUACAUGCCUUCACCUCUGCAGACCAGUAAGCCAGACACGGUCAAUGGACCAAUGGAAGUCAGCACAAGCUCCACCCUCCCUGCUGGAACAGCAGCAGCAGUCGGCGGCGCAUCAUCAGGCCUGGCCAAGGUGGAGCCCAGAGAGGGAGCAACAGGUUACAGGAGCUCCUAUGAGUGGGAGAUGUCAAAGCCACAGAUGGGGAUGGUUCCUGGAGACUCCCCUCCUCAUUACCGUCAUGACGAUGAGUUUGAAGAGGAGUGUGAGAUGGAACCAGAGCACCCUGCCCGCCCGCUGUCACUCUCUUCAACUGAUCAGCCGUUCCGCUCGCCGUUCUACGCUGAGGAGUGCAGCCGAGGAGGGCAGGAUGACGACGACGACAGCGAUCAGGAUCUUGGUGACGUGCCCAUGGGAGCCACUUCCUCGUACGCCAGCCGCAGCUCUCCUGGAUACUCCUCCUCCGAGUACAGGCAGUCCAAACACGACCUCUCGCCUUCCUUCAUCAACCCAUGUAUGCGUCAGCUGUCCAGCGACGAAGAAGACGAGGAGCAAGGACGCAGGAGUGACCAGUCACAGGAGGCCGAUGAGCAUGAUCUGUCAGUGAAGAGACGAGCUCACAAGCAGCCUCAUCACCACCAGUCCCACAGCAGGGACAGCAGUUCUCUGCACCACACUGGCGGCAUGUCGGCAGGGCUCGGUCUGGCCACGGAGGACACACCGCCCACCUCCGUCAGCGAGUCUUUAGCUUCGCAGUCGGACUCUGACGUGCCUCCAGGAACUGAGGAAUACCCCUCGGUCACUGGUGAUGGCAACAUGGACUCAGAUGAGGACGCAGAGUACAUGCCUGUUGAUAAAUCAUCUGCCACGGGAGGAGGCAGCCACCAUUCCUCUAGGAGGAGCCACGACCCUCCUCCUGCUCCCCUCAUGGAUCCCUACCCGCACCCCCCACGGCCAGACGUUUGCAUGGUGGACCCGGACUCUUUGGAGAACGGCUUAGUCAAGAAAGAGCCAAAAGCUAAGGGCUUAAAGAAAACUUCUGGGAAAACCAAAUCAGCAUCCCCGGCCAGGCGCAAGAGGUCGCCCAUGCCCGUCAAACAGACGCCAUCUCCUCGCAGUGCCUCAAUGAAGAAGAAGGAUGCAGACAAGAGCUCCCGUAUGUCCCGUCUGUCAGACGGACAGGGCUCCAAAGACGAUGACCUCUCCAGGUCGAGCUACAACCCCGGAAAAGGGCUGACUAACGGAGUCAAGAGCAGUUCAGGUUCUCAGAAGUCCGGCUCCGCAGCAGCUACUGGCCUUCCUAUCUAUGUGGACUUGGCCUACAUUCCCAACCACUGCAGUGCCAAGAACGUGGACCAAGAGUUUUUCAAACGCAUCCGCUCUGCGUACUACGUGGUGAGCGGGAACGACGCAGCGAGCGGUGAACCGAGCCGAGGAGUUCUCGAUGCACUGCUGGACGGCAAAGCUCAGUGGGGAUCAAACCUGCAGGUAACGCUGAUCCCCACCCACGACACGGAGGUGACCCGCGACUGGUACCAGCAGACCCACGAGAGGCAGCAGGAGCUCAACAUCAUGGUCCUGGCCUCCAGCAGCACCGUCGUCAUGCAGGACGAGUCCUUCCCCGCCUGCAAGAUCGAGUUUUGAGAGCCUCGUGUCCCGUCUCCCUCCUCCUGGCCUCCCCGGUGUCGAUCUGGUUUUAAUUGCUCUUCUUUAUAGCCUGAUAUGCAAAUCUGCUUCUGCUUUGUGCGUUUAACCGAAAGCAGAAACAGACCUGGAUAACUGUCUAUUUUUUUCUAGAUUUUUAUUCCUUUAUAAGCUUGUCGUGGCUUUCACCGUUUGUAUUAUAACGGCAGUUUUCUGACAACUCAAAGUUAAUUUUAUUUCUCAGUCCUGUUUUUUUUUCUUUCUUUUUUUCUUUCCCCCGAACAAGAGACAAUGGAGCCUUUGUUUAUUGGCCGAGACAAAAUGCCCAUUGUAUUGUAAAAAGAAAAAAAAAAGUGUCACAUAGAAAAUAUGAAAAGAAUAUUUGGUUGCGUGUCCUCAAAUUGGAACAAAUCAAAGCACAAGUUUGCACACUUUAAAGGCAGCCACUAAAUAAUUUUCUUCCCAAAAAUCGAGCCUUUCAUAAUAAAGGUAAUCAACUGAAUAUAUUUACUGCUAGAAAAUCACCGUUACACGCAUAUAGUGAUCAGUUUUACGUAACUAUUUUCCCUCUCCGUCUUUCUUCUAAAAAGAUGUCAGUGUUGAACUUCGUGCCUCUUACUGACAUAGUGUGAUAGAAAACACGUCUUUUGAGUAUAUUAGCUGUAGCAUAGGGAAGACCAUAUUCAAAAAUCUGUAUCGUCGUGAAUUAUGACAUCGCCACGGUUAUCGCAAAGUGGAAACUGCAGUAAGAAUUUCUCGGUGGCUGUCCUUUCUUACGGUGAAUAUGUUUCUCUGAUUGUUUCUGUAGUCUUUGGUGUAUUUUUUCAGUGUGUUUCCAGUUAACAUAUCGUCGCAGGAUCAUGAGGAGAACUGAAGUCAGAGGCGGCGAUGCGUCAUACCGAUCUUACCUGUUUAUAUCUUUACAUACAGAACGGCACUCAUGACGAGGGGAGGAUGUCGACAAACCUCAUAUCUGUGUCUCAAAGGUCUUUAAUCAAAAGCUAAAGAGCGAAGAAUGUAUUCUGCUACAACAACAGGAACAUGUGGUUGCGAGGAGAGAUUGUGUUUGGUGAUUGAAGGUGGUCGCUUCGAUUGGUGGUUAGAGGUUAGACUGUCACCCACAUGUGCCUUUCUGUCCCGCUGUGCUGGAGGGGAAAUGAAAAGUGUUUUUUUUGUCGUGGAAAUUUAAGGUGCACGCCAACACGUUUUCAUCCCAACUUGUCAAAUACACGUCGCUUUGAAAGUAAACGUACACGUCAAAAUACACCCUCCUAUGCAGGCUGUUCUCAAAAACCAUACGUUCGUUUUCCUAAUGCAUUCAACUUUGUAAUCCUGAGCCAGUAUUUUCUACAUAACAUGAAUUUUGGAGGGCUGCGAUCACGUGAUCUCGUGCUGAAAAGAAGGAAGGAAGUGGUCCUGAUCGUGUGUGUCAGGAGGCGGGUUGUGGCGGUGAAUAGGUCACGAAACACUGAAGUUUUGCAAGGAGAGGCGUGUUUGUAUCUGAAACUAACAACAGUAACAUAGCGUUGAUUACGAAACUUUACGUUAAGGAUAUAACAUCAUCUCUGGCACGCUAAUUGGGAUGUCAUACGAACUGAUGUGUGUGCAUUUUUAGAGGAUAUCUACAAGGACACGCUCUCCUGCAUCAGUGUUAGAUGCUCAGGUCAAUUUACGUUUGUUACACGCACUGUGUCUUUUCAAAAUAUACUUCACAGGAAAUGUAAAGUUUCUGCUUGUAACAUGCAAACAGUAUUUUCAAAAGAAACUUACAAUCUAAAUCAAACACUUGCAGGGUCCUAGAUGAAAGUUCAGAGAUUUUUUGACCACCGCCGCUCCUGCCCUUCCUUUGCGGUAUUCGUUGAUCUUUACACCACUGUAGUUAGGUCAGGACCAUAAAAACUUUUUUUCCUCCCAUUUGCAGUAUGAUAUUUAGUGUUAUGGCUCUGUUGUGGGACCUCUCCGCCCUUCCUCAUGCCUACGUGGAAAACCCAAGGUGAAGAGAGCACCCCUCUGCCCUUCCACACACCUACGUGGAAAGCCUAAGACAGAGAGAGAGUGAGCAUCAAUGACAAACAAAAAUGACACUGAUAAAUCGGACACAGCAUGAAACGGAGGAGCUGGGGUGGAGGCGGGCUGCAGAGGAAGCAGCUACAGUUGGAAGGUUAAAGCGGAUUAAACUGUGUAGAUGAGAACGGCCCUACGAAAAAUGGAAAAGUCUUUUCUUUGCGCUUUUGAAAAAAAUAUGCGUUCAUAUAAUAACAUUGUAAGAAAGAUCAUGGAUCUGCAAAAACAAAAAAAAAAUGCUGUAGUUUGCAGGACAGGACAGUAGCUGGUGGUGUAACUUUGUGAUGGCACAUCACAGAAGAACACCAAGAAGUGCGGCCUUGGCAUCACCGUUCUCACAGGAUCCGUGUGCCGACUGCCAGUUUACACGGCGACAGAAGAGGUGGCGUUUUUAAUAGUUUCACUCUGGAACCUGGUUUCAAAAUUGUGUUUUCGGGCCCCCAAAAGGCUGUUGUUGUGCGAACAAAAGGCCAAACUGAAACGAACUGAUGACAUGAUCACUGACAAAGCGGCGGUAUUUGACGAGUUGGGAGUGAGAACCUGUUGGUGCGUCUGCGGCUCUGUGGCGGAGGCCUCGGCGAGCUGGUCUCCUAUUUUGUGGCGAGUUUUGUCGGCGAGAGCGCACAAAAAGGUCCGAGUUGUACAUAUUGAGCAUAAAAUGGCACUUUUAAUAAAGCACCAACUCAGUAUUUCAGCUGUUUUAGAUUUUCCUGGAGCUGCCACACUUUCAAAGAAGCACAAACAGUAACCGGUGUGCAAAGCGGUCGUAAAUUUAGCAACACGAAAAUGUCAAAGUACAGCAUUUGCACUGUUGCUGUUUUUCUUCUGGUUACUUUUAAUUUUUUGCAGAAAACACAGUUUGUCCUGCAGGAUAGAUUUUAGCCACAAUCACCUCAACUUUAAGCAUCAUGUUUUUGAAUUAGAUAACUUAUUUCUUUUUCGGUGGUUAAUCAGUGGGUGUUUUUAACUUUUAAUAUUAUGUGUAGACGUGCUUUAAUUUGAUAUUGAUGAUUUUAUAUUUUGAUAAGUUUUUAAUAGAUUAUAACCAGGAACAAAUCUAACUAUCCAACAAAUUACAGGACCAACACGCCUCACCAGGGUUGCUAUUUUAUGAUCCACAGUGAAAAAAUAUUCCUCUGUAUGAUAUUUAACCCCUUCGACUCCUCUGCAUGUACGACAGAUGCAUGUACAUAAAGGCGAUAGCUCUUUAAAAAGCAGAGGGCUGCAGGGAGCCCAGACCUCAGCGGCUCUGGUUGAUUUGAAUGUGAAGAUGCAGAUUACCUUUACGUUCUCCGUGGAGGACUUGAUCUCCUGGUUGCCUUGGUUACUGUGCAUCAUACGGUAUGUCUGACUCAUCGGUCAGCAACGGCUGCAGCCUGCGGUAAAUCUAGCCUCUGUGCAGGAGAGACAACUUUGCGUGCAGAUUAGACCAGUUUCUUUCUUUGGAGGACAGUUUGACAGACGUGAUGAGACGAUGACGUUGAUUUGAGGUUCCUGCUGAUUUAAAGAGAACGGCUUCUUGUUAAAACAGGGUUGACCGUGACGUCAGUGAUUUCCUGUUAAAGGAGAACUUUGGCAUUUUUGUGUCCAAGAGACAGAUGGAAACAGCAGUUUUUGACAUUGUUCUGGUGUUGAGAGAGAGGGCAUUUAUUUACGCCAGAUUUUAGCAGAUGAUGUUUUUCUGUUGGUUGAUGUAGAAGUUGCUCUGGCUUCCUCGUCAUAAAGCCUACGGGAUUUUUCCAUUGGAUUUUGGAUUACUGCAGAAAAUCAGCUUUGUGUUUUUGUUUCGUUCAGCUUCACAAAUGAACUUUCAGGAUUAUUGAUGCCUAAAUUGGACGGUGACAUUUAACGGGAUUCCUGUGGCAUUUCCACGGGAUUGGAGUCAAUUUCACUACUAAUCACAUGAUUGGGACAGGACAGAAAAAAAAAAUCAAUUGGAGCGAGCGGGACUGGGAAUCAUAAUUAUAACAUUGAGCUAAAAAUGUGAAGUCAGCGGCUUUUAGUUCGUCUUCACAGAGCAAAGGAAAUACACGACUGCAAGUACAAGCACGCGUCAUUUCAUGGAGUGAAGUAAAAUGGAUCUUUUCUUACUCUCUAAAAGAAACACUUUUUAGGGAGAAACAGUGGCGGUGCUCAAUUGCCCCAUUUGUUUACAUGGUGGCCCUUUAUUUGGCUAGUGCGCUCUUGCUUAAUACUUAGCCAAUUUCAAAAUCUGUUGUUCGUAUCAGUCACUGACACAAAAAUAUGUGAAAAAGGGUCCAUGCUGAAAAAAUGCCAAAGUUUUCCUUUAACUCACUCUAAUCUGCAUUCCUACUUAAUACAGCAUCACUGUAAAGGCUGAAAAUAACUAACACAUUAUGAGCAGACCACUCAAAACCCAGACUGCCAGACACUCAUGUCAGUACAUUUUUAUCUAUAGAGGAUUUCCUAAUAUUCACACUUUUCCAGACAACGCUUAACACACACUCACACAUAACCGCUGCAUUUUCGUAUUGUGCAAAAAAAUAAAAAUAAAAACUUAAAUAUCCGUCAGACUCUGUGAAACAAAUCAUCAUAAAGACUGUUCAGUGAGCCCUGCUUGUACGUGCAUGUGUACCUUUUUGAGUUAUCCUGUAUUGUAAUAGCUGAAGAAGACUUAUCAUAGAAAUGCUAUUUUAAAAGAUGUAUAUUUAAGAAGCUAAGCUGUGCGGUUCUGAGGAGGCACAUGUAACCUGGCUGUGCUGUGCUGUAAAAGAAAGCCUUGUGGUCGUUUUUUUCCUCCUUUCUGCUUCAUGGUUCUACUUUCAUCUCUUGUUUUAAGUGCAAUAUUCUCUUUAUCUCUCUCUUUAAAUGCUUAAAAAGGUAAAAACAGAAAAACAGAUUUAUUGUUAAAAAGGGUUACUUUUUCCUCCUGAAUAAUUAUUAAAACACAUCCCGAGACAUUUCUUGUUGUUUCUUCAUUCGAUUGCUCAAAUUAUAAAAUAGUUAUCAUAGCAUGAAUCAUACUGUGUCCUGUAUUUGUCCCUUUUAUUUGACUUGUGAGGUGGACGGAUGAUUUUUGCUGCCAUCUGUUGGAAGACUUUAAGAAACACGGUCCUCUCAAAUCUAAAACAGAGAAGAAUAAAAAACUACUGCUUUAGCCAUGAUUUUAUAAAUACUGAGGUCAAAUAAAAGUUCUGAUAAAACAAUAAAUUAGUAA